AUGGGAGAGGGGCGACCCUUGUCGGCCGCGCCCCGGCCCCGUCACGAACGGCUCUGCCCACCGACCCGCGCGGGCCGGCUAUCCUGGACCACUCGAAGAUCCGCGGCGCUACGGUAUCGUUACUGGGUGAACAAUCCAACGCUUGGUCCAAAUGGACACCUGGACCUGUUCCUGCGCUUCCUCCUGGGACUGUCUCUGCCGACCAAUCAGAGGCUGCUGCAGGGUCUGCUGACUCACACAGGAAGUGAACAGACCAAUCAAAAGACAGUAAAGUUCAUCAAACAGAAGUUGAAUGAAAAGGGUCUGUCUGUAGAGAGAAGUCUGAACCUGCUACACUGUCUGAACGAACUGAAUGACCACAGUCUGGCUGAUAAGAUACAGGAGUACAUGCAAGACAAAGUGCUCUCCUGGUUAAGUUCUCCUGCUGAGUGGUCGGCUCUGUCCUUCCUCUUACUGUCCUCAGACUCAGACCUGGAGGAGUUUGAUCUGAGGAAAUACCAGGCCUCAGAGACAGCUCUCCUGGGUCUGCUGCCGGUGGUCAGAGCCUCCACCAAAGCCCUUCUUUGUGGCUGUGGUCUGUCUCCUCACAGCUGUGCUCCUCUGGCCUCAGUCCUCAGCUCCUCCAGUCUCACACAUCUGGAUCUCACUAACAACGACCUCCAGGACUCAGGAGUGGAGCUGCUGUGUUCUGGACUGAAGAGCGCCCCCUGCAGACUGGAGACUCUCAGUCUUUGUGGCUGUGGUCUGUCUCCUCACAGCUGUGCUCCUCUGGCCUCAGUCCUCAGCUCCUCCAGUCUCACACAUCUGGAUCUCACUAACAACGACCUCCAGGACUCAGGAGUGGAGCUGCUGUGUUCUGGACUGAAGAGCGCCCCCUGCAGACUGGAGACUCUCAGUCUGUCUGGAUGUCUGGUCUCAGAGAGGGGCGGGGCUGCUCUGGCCUCAGCUCUGAGCUCCGCCUCCUCCCACCUGAGAGAGUUAGACCUCAGCUACAACCAUCCAGGACCCUCAGCAGAGCUCCUGACCGCUCUACGGGACGACCCCCACUGCCCCCUGCAGUCUCUCAGGUUGGAUCCUGCUGGAGAACAGUGGAUGGUCCCAGGUCUGAGGAAGUAUUCCUGUGAGUUUUCUCUGGAUCCAAACACAGCUCACAGAAACAUCAAACUGUCUGAGGACAAACGGACAGUGACCUUUGUGACAGAGGAGCAGCAGUAUCCAGAUCAUGAGGAUAGAUUCACAGACAGGUGUCAGGUCCUGAGCUCCACUGGCCUGAGGAGGCGCUGUUACUGGGAGGUGCAGUGGAGGGGGAUGGUUGAAACAGCAGUGAGUUACAGAGGAAUCAGACGGAGAGGAGAGACAGAGGAUUGUGAGUUUGGAGGCAAUGAUCAGUCCUGGAGUCUGAGGGUCUUGAGUGGACGUUACUUUGUCCGACACAACAAUGAACAAACACGAGUCUCCUCAAACCUCCACCUCUUAGGCACACCGGGUGUGUCCUCAGGCACAGUGGACAAGUCCUCAGGCACAAGUGGACAAGUCCUCAGGCACAGUGGGUGUGUUCUUGGACUCUGAGGCUGGAUCUUUGUCCUUCUAUGAAGUUCGCUCUGGUGAUGAACUGUUUCACCUCUACACCUUCAACUCCUCGUUCACUCAGCCACUGUUCCCUGGGUUUACACUGUGGUGUGAAGGUUCCUAUUUGUCUGUGGUGGAUCUGAGGACAUAAAUCUCUGGUGGACAUUUGUGAACAACUCUUUGAACUGUUUAUGAGAGGGUUGUCAGACUUAAUAUUAAUUUAGUUCCAGGCCAUAUUAAAAGGUACAGUGGUCAGCUGUGUUAAAUGCACCCAUCUGAAUAACUUAUUGCAUCAACCACUUGUUUCUUGCCCAUUGUGAAAAACUUUUGGACACCUCUGCUUUAUGACAUAAACUUGUGAGGGAAAGGGAUCCUCGGAGGAACAGGGGGCACCAUGGUAACACAAGUGUAACUAUUGUGAUUUCAUGUGUAACCAGAUAAAAACUGGGGUACCUGUGAAAAACUGUAGAUUGUAAUGUAAAUCCUGUUCAUUUUUUGUUUGUUCAUUGUGACACCUGUUUUCCCCGCAAGGGUGCUGUAUGGUUUUGCACGAACGUUGAAAGGGGACAGUCUCGCGCACUUUCGGUAGAGAAAGCAUCAGAAGGGUUCUAUGUUUUGCUGGAGAAAGAUCUGUUUAGCCCCCAAAAGUUCAUACUCGACCAUAUCUGUGAGGAAAUGGCUAUACAAUGAGAUAUUGUUUAUUGUUUAUGUGUUCUAAGAAAUAAUAUUGAAAUGUGUUUAUUUUUAUCCUCUUUCAGAGGUGCCACUGCCGUUCUGUGUGGAUGUUUUGUGUACCUGUUAUUUUAGUGAUAACACUGUAAUAAUGCCCAUUGGUUCUGUUUCUGAACUAGUGAAGAGACAAAGAAAUAAGGAACCCCAAAUUUGAAGUACGGUGUGCUCUAUAUCCCUGGCUUCACAUGUUGGACACAGCCAUGAGUCAACCAACAGGAUUUUAUGGUUAAUUUGACAUAUCUUAAAAAUUAUAUGUAAUAAAUAAGCAUAUAAUAUUAAAGCAUGAAAAAUUACUAAUUCCCCCUAAUACUGUCUUAUUUA